UCUGUUCACACCUCUCUUCCUUAUCUACUUUGAAAACUACUAGCUUUAAUCGACGGCCAGGAUCCCACAGGAACCCCAUCUAACAGGGGGCGCGUGGGAAAUACAAAUCCGAGCCCUCCUGCCUAGGCAGGCGUAUUCCACGUAUUAUGACGUGUCAAAUGUCUAACCCACGACGAGUCAUUCAACCCGUUCCACGAACCUUGCUCACGAUGCCGUAUUUUGAACGAUUCCUAUAUAUGUAUUCUUAUGAUUUGAAUUCCGAAUCCGUCUCGAGGUUCCUCUUUUUCCGUAUUUGGUAACCGAACCCGACGACCGUUCGGGUGGAGAAAUCAGAAACCACUUCUCUCUUUCUUUCUUCUUUCUUCACGCCUUCCUGAACCUUCCCCUCUGCUUCUUCCACUUUAGCGAGAGAAAGAGAGAGAGAGAGAGAGAGAGGGUUGGUGCUACUCACGUCACACUGCUAUAUAGUAAAUGAAAGAACCCUAAGAGAGAAGAAUUUUUAAUCUAAACAUGGAGAAGGCAACAACACGUUCAUUGGAAGUCACCAUUAUCUCUGCCGAGGACUUGCGCCUCCAUGGACGAUCUGUGAAGAAGAACACAUUCGUAACCGUAGGAACUGAUUCAUAUAGCCAGAGAUCAACAAAUAUUGAUAAGGAAGGAGGAAGCUACCCAUCAUGGAACCAGAAGCUAGAGCCGCCGCUUCCUUUACCAAAUUCGGCUCAGUUGAUUACGGUGGAGGUGCAAUGCAUAACGGCUUCAGGAGUUAGGAAUGUUGGAACGUCCAAGAUUCCGAUAUCUGAUUUCAUAGGAGAUUAUACGCCUCCACAGUACUUGCACUUCCUUAGUUAUCGCUUGAGGGAUCGGAAUGGAGAACGUAACGGUAUCAUUAACUUCUCUAUCAGGACGCUCGGAUUGCAAAGAGCCGUUGCAGCUUGGCCAGUUCCGCCGCCUCAGGCUUUAGGUUUUAGGCCUGCCGCCGCCGCCAAACAGGAAUUCAAUGGUGCAAGUGGGAGUGGGAGUGGGAGUGGAACAGCCCUUGGUGUUCCAGUUCCAGUGCCCUACAAGUACGGGCAUGGGUAUGGGGUUUAAUUGUUGCUGACAUUUUUUUUUUUUUUUUUUGCCAUCUGGUGCAAAGUUUGUUUUAGAUUGAAGCUUGACACAAGACGUGUGUGAAGAGACCAUCUGGAAUGUUUGUUACGAAUAAAGUUUCAAUACCCU